UCCCAAAAUUAGCAGAAAUGAACUUGCUUCAUUUUUAUAAUGUUCUCUGCUGGGAACGAAUUUUUGUAUUUUUCCUUUUUUUAAUAAUUUACGUCCAACACUCAAGCGAAGAUGUAAUCGACCAGUGGACUCGUCAAGGUACAGCUUUAAUUGAAGAAGCAAAAAUAGUUGGUGGGCAAAUUAGACAAUGUACAUGUGCUGAACAACGUGCAUGUAUUGUUGAAAUGCAAGAACAAGCAAUGGGGUGUAUUGAUACUUGUUGGAAUAUGUUUUCAAAAAUUACUGUUCACCCAGAUAAAUUGAGAGUAUGCUUUGGUAGGGCUGAUGCAAUAAUUGAAAAUUUUAUAAAAUGUUUUGAAGACAAUGUGGAUUCUUGCCUACCCAACUUUGAAGAUAAAAAAAUUCCAAAAGUAAAUAUAACAGAAUUGUUUCGACUUGGAGUAGAGAAAAUAGAAAAGACACAAAAACAACUUACAAAAAGUUUAACUGAUGGGCCUAUUAGGAAGAUAAUUAAUACUGCUAGUGAAUUUGGUGUUUGUGUAAAAGAUUGUUUUUUGGCAAAAAAUCCAAAUAAAUUUUGUUUUGACAAAAAAGAUUGUCAGCCUUUACUUCUUGACACUAAAGCAACAAAAUCGUUGAGACGAUGCACAAAAAUGAUUGACUGGAAAAAGGAAUCGGGGGAUCUUUGUGAAUGCUCUGUCAAAUCUGGAAUUAACGACUUACACCAAUAUUGUCCAAUGCUCAAAUUAAUUGGUGGUGGCCAAAAAGGAAAAAAUAAAUCAACAGGAAAAUAG